UUCCAUACACUGCUCAUUAUGGCCUUCAUGGUCUCACCUCUGCUUUCCUUCACUUCAAAAGCAUCUACUAUCACAGCAUCACCUGCAUUGUUCUCUACUCCUCAUCCAUCUUCUGUCCAAGGUUUGCCUCCAGAUAUAGCUCCACUUUUGCCAUCUCCUGGUCCUGUGGUGCCUGAUACUCCUAAUGAUAACUCCAUACCCACCAUUCCUUCCAAUCCAAGCCCUCCGAAUCCGGAUGACUUGGUUUCACUUGGACCUUCUUCUGCAUUUGCGCCUUUGCCUGCUUCUUCAGCCUCAUCUACAGACUUAUUUUGGACUAUAAACUUGGCCGCCCUUGCAGGUGCGGCGGCUUCUAUAUAUGCAGCUUCUUAGGGUGUACAAGUCUUUUGAGUCCGGCAGUAUCAUAUAAGAUUCGCAGAUCCAGAGUGAUACCUGGACUUAAAUAUGAAUGCACUCCAUGCAAUUUGUCAGAGGCCAACAGCAAGCAGAGAAAUCAGAACUGCAACUGCAUACUUUUCUCCAUUCUCCAAUUCAUCUUACAAGAGCAGCGGCCAAGGUUGUCACCAUGCCCAAGCUACAGUUGUAAGCCAGAGAAACUGA